AUGACUAUUGCAGAUCGGUUGCAUGGGAUGAAUGAUGUUAUAGGACAAAAACCAUUAACUUCAACGUCACCAGUCGCUGACUUUAAUUCUAGCGAUGAGGACAGUUGGUUCUUUGAUGAAUUGAGUCGUGACGACGCAAUAAGUACAUUGCAAAAUCAACCAGAUGGCACAUUUCUUGUACGUCCUAGUAGUACAAUAAAAGGCGAUCUUGUUCUUUGUGUUAAAGAAGGUUCAAAAGUUAGUCAUUAUAUAAUAAACGUAUGCGAAGAAAAUUCAACAUCAAUAUAUAAAAUUGGUGAUAAGACGUUCUCAAGUAUGAAAGAUCUUCUAAAUUUUUAUAAACAACGAUUGUUAGAUAUAACGCCACUUGUUCGAAUUCAUUCAAAACCUCGUGUACGAACAAAAUAUAAUUUUGAUGGCAAAGAUGAAGAAGAUUUACCGUUUAAAAAAGGACAGAUUUUAAUGAUUAUCAAAAAAAUUGAACCACUAUGGUGGUUGGCAAGAAACAACCUUGGAGAUAAAGGCAUGAUUCCAGCUAAUUAUGUUGAAUAUAUAAGAGAUGAUGUUUAA